AUGUCAGGAAUGGACGAAGAAGCUCCGGACGUUUUAUGCCAACUGGAAAACGUUCAAGGUUUGGUCGACGCUUUAACUUCCGUCAGGUGGAAACGCCAGCAAGACGCCGUCUUGGAGUUAUCCGAACACGGCAUCGUUUUGAUCGUGGAAGAAAGUGGGUGCCUCCAAGCCAAGGUUUAUCUCAAAAAAGAGCUAUUCAUUCGCUAUGAUUACAGUGCAGAAGGACGACCUCGUUUUGGAGUGAGUUUAGGGCUUUUUGUUGAUUGCUUGAACGCCUUUUCGGUUCCUGCUCAUUCCAAUUUGAUUCAGAUUCAGUAUCCAGGUCCUGAUAUGCAAGUUAUUCUCAAAUCUGUAGAUUCGCUGGAUGCCAGUAUUUGUGCAGAGAUCAGAACAAGGAUUCCUGAUACUAUUGCAUGGGACUACAACUUUGAACCUGCUGGGGCUAACCCUUUAACCUUUACUGUUAAGUCUGCAGCACUAAAGGAAGCUAUUGAGGAUCUUGAAUGGCCUGGGUCAAGCAUCCAGAUAACUAUGGAGCCAAAUCCUCCUCGUGUUACCUUGAGAGCUGAAGGACACGGGGACUUGCAGAUAGACUUCAUGUAUUCUGCGAAUUCUGAACUCUUGGUAGCAUUUCAGUGUGAUCAUCAGGCUUCUUUCAAGUAUAAAUAUAAGUUCCUCAGAGCAUCAACUUCUAAUAUGCCUAGUAGUGUUAUUAAAGAAAAUAGAGGAAGCAAGUUAAGCAUUGGGAGAGGUGGAAUGUUAAAAGUGCAGCAUCUGGUUUCAAUUUCCAAACCUGCCUCGCACUCUUAUGCAGAUUCUGCUGGCUAUCAACAACCUGGUCGAAUAGCUCAUAUUGAAUUCUUUGUGAAACCAGAGGAAAACGAAGACUAG